AUAUUUUAUUUUUUGGUGGUAGACAUUUAGGGGGUACCAAAUGGAGUUUUGUUUUAGGUGGGAGGGACAUCGCUUAUGUAAUUGCCCUCGGUGAGAUCUGGUUUUUUUGUAAAAGUUUGGGACUCUUAUUUUAAAAAAUUUAGAGUAAAAAUGUUGGUAGGAAUUGAUGCUUUGACUGGUGCAAAUUCUGGUGUUCUUAAAGGCAUUAGAUUUGCCAAUUCAACUUUCGUUAAUUUUCGACCUCAAAAUGAAAAAGAUGAUUCUGUAAAGGGAAGGGCAAUUACAACAAUGAGUUUUGCAGACAAAGAAAAGAGCGAAGUACUUAUUGGAAGAAAAAAUGGUCAAAUUGAUUUAUUUAAUACUUUAAGUGAAUCAAUUAAUCAACUAUUUAAUGUAAAUGAUAAUGAAGAAGAAAGUAAUUCAAUUGAUUCUAUCUGCGGAGUUGAAUGUUUAAUUAAAAGUAACAAAAUUUUAACUGCUACAAAUUCUGGUGAUCUCUCAAUUUGGGAUACUUCAGGAAAAUGUUUAAAUAAAUGGAAUGCUGGUGAUAAUUUAAUUACAAUGAGGUUGGCACGGGGGGAUUCACCAACAGUUUUUGCUACUGGAGGAAAAGAAAAUGAAUUAAAAGUUUGGAAUUUUGAAGAUCAAAAAUGUGUUUUUACUGCUAAAAAUGUCAGGCCAGACAAUCUAGAAUUAAGAGUUCCUAUUUGGAUUAAAAAUUGCAGAUUUAUGGACGAAAGUGGUAAUUGUUUGGCUACAAGUACAGGGCAUGCUCAGAUUCGUCUCUAUGAUAUUCGUGCUCAACGUCGCCCAGUACUUCAGGAAACUUGGUUAGAAGAGCCAAUAAAUGCUUUAUCUACAUGUUGUCGAGAAAAUCAUCUUUUAGCUGGAAAUAGCCGUGGAGAAUUGGGACUUUUUGAUUUUCGUUCAUCUUCUAAAAGUCGAUUAGUAUCAAAAUACAAAGGAUUUUCUGGUUCUAUAAAAUCAACUGACGCUUCUGAUAAUCAUCCACAAUUCAUUUCUUGCGGUGUUGAUAGAUUUGUGAUUUUACAUAAUUUGGAUACAAAACAAAUAUUCAAAAAAAUAUAUGCAAAAGUACAAUUAAACUGUUGUCUUUUAAAAGAAGACAGCAAUUUAAUUAUUACAACACCUAGCAAUAAGCAAUCAAAAAAGAGGAAAAUAGAUGAUGAUUCUCGAUAAUUUUUUGUUUUAUUUUUUUGUUUCUUGUUAUAAUAAAUUUUUUUUUCUAUUUCAAAGCAUUCACUGAUUGUGAGGAU